AGUGAGCAAACACCGAGGUGUACACAUCGUACAGGAGAUCCACUGCGAUUUUACCACUGACGGUUUGCGUGUCCACUCAUCCCAGGUUACUGACAUAUAUUGGAGUUCUACUGGAAUGGCUGAGACAUCUUGUUUGUCCUCAAUUGGUGGGCAAGUGUUUGAUGAUCAAAUUGUACCUGAUCAAGACGACUGUUUUUUUGGUGCCAACCUCGGAAAAUUUACCACAUAUUUCAUCUUGGCAAGUAAGGACGGAGUUAGAUAAAUACUUGCCGGCACACGAGCUCGCCACGCCAACAGACCAGAAACGGCGAAGAACAAGCGCUUCCGCAGUUGAUGACUUCUUGUUUGACUUCAAGGGUAACGAGAGAGACGGCCCCUCUGCCAGCAAGCGACGAGCUUUAGAUAUAAGCCAUCUCAGAUCCGGCAUUUUCAACGCCAAACGAUCUUCCAAUAUGCAUCUCUCAGAACUUAACGGAAAAUGUUGCGCCUUCGGAAAGGAGAGAAGCUGCACUUGUGGAAGAAUUCCUUCGCAGGGACAAAUCAAGGCUACGAGCGCAGAAUGGAUCAAGACAGAACCACAGGACAAUGAAAACUUCGACUUAACAGCCACAUUCUUUGUUGAUGACAUUGUUGACAACAUCGUUCCCCAGUCCGAGAUGGAACUGCAGGAGCAGAGUCGGAAGGUGUCAGAUUCUAUUUGGGAGGACUUGCGCGCUUCCAUCAACAUGGUUGAGUUUUGCGGAGCUCAGGAAGAAAGUAGUGUGUGCCAUAGGGUGAAGAUUGAACCUACGGAAGCUGAGCACAAACCGUCUUGUCAGUUCGAAAAUCUCAAGUCAAUUUCAAAGUACAAUUUGCAGGCUGUGAAAAGCGAAAAUUCUGGUUUAUUAAAUGGCUCCAAAUUAACGGACAGGCCAAAAAGUCUUGGAGUCCAACAACUUCAGCAUGAGCAUUUAUCUCAACAGGGUGCAGCUUCAGCUAGCACUGCCAUGUCUACCCUCCAGUAUAUCCAAAACUUCCACAAGUCAGCAGUUCAGUAUGGCCCCCAUACACCCCCUCACAUGGUGCCCAUCUUGCUUCCUCCCACACCCCCUAGCUCACAACCUGCGAGUCCUAGCCAGGAUGCCAUCAGGAAAACGCCACCACCCCCAUACCCAGGUCUAGCCCGCCAACUGGCAGCUUCCUCCGUGAACUGUAUCCCUGUCACCAGCAUUGCCUCCCUCAGCAUGGGAAUGCCUGUAAACUCUUUGGGCAUGACCGCUACCAAAAACUCUAAAACUCCAAACACACAUCCAGGAUGUUCCACCAUAAAGUACAACCGAAAAAACAACCCUGAGUUGGAAAAGAGGAGAGUUCAUUUCUGUGAUUUCCCAGGUUGCAGAAAGGCGUAUACCAAAAGUUCCCAUUUGAAGGCUCAUCAAAGAAUACACACAGGUGAGAAGCCAUAUAAGUGUCACUUUCCAACCUGUCAAUGGCGGUUUGCCCGAUCAGACGAACUCACCAGACAUAUACGGAAGCACACAGGUGCCAAACCUUUCAAGUGUAAGGUCUGCGAAAGAUGCUUUGCUCGCUCCGAUCAUUUGGCUCUUCACAUGAAGAGGCAUGAACCUAAAGGCAAUAGAUAGGCUCCCCCUGUAGACGUCUCUGUUGGAGUAAUUCGGCAGUCCCGGGAGCUGGCAGUCCCAGUCAGUGCUGGUCGGACGCCGGCAAUGCUGUCGUGGUGGACGCCAUGGACCCACCGCCAGGCUAUCCCGCACAGUCAAGGUUGGGCCUGGUCUCGCGGAAACCGCGCGUACCGCAAGGGUACCAGAAGAGACUUUUCCUAAACUGCAAAUAGUCCUGCAUUCAGGGAACAGGAAGCAAAACUGAUUUGAUGGAUUCGGACAGAUGAGGUGGAUGAUUCCCGAGCCGUCCGUUACAUCAGGAUCAGGACAUUAGGCAAUUUGCCAACCAACGGGUGUGCACUUGUCUGCACCGUUGCAUACUAUUUCAGACAUGUCGCCGUACCUAGCCGUCGGAAGCACUGUGUAAUAGUCAUUCCAAACUGCUCAUUUCAUAGGUGUUUUUGUUUGACAGUUAUGGUAUAAAGACAAUGGCUAAAUCGAACACCUGUGUUAAUUUAUUGUAAUGCUAAGUAUAGAGAAGUCGUGAGGGUAAUAUUAAAUGGCUUGUCCUCGUGACUGAAAACGUACUUAACGGUCAGCUAUUACACGUGUGGGCUGCCUAUAGAGAUCCCUGUCUCUAGCUGGACGAUUAAAUAACGACAUUGUCUUAAUAUCUUCAACAGACCUCCAAAGCAAAGCUUAGUGUUUGUCGAUUUCAAACAGUCAUUGUGUUUAAUAACGUGUUGUUUUUCAUUCUUAAUUAAGUGAUACUUGUUUGACUUAAGGAUAUGGUCAUGCUCGAUAAGAAACAAGACACAUGUUGAAUUCCCAUAGAUAACGCCGUGUUAUCUCCCUUCAAAUCGUGAUACUGCCGAAUCUGAUACGUGGUCCGAGUGGUCAACAUUAUUGGUGCUGAAUUCCUGUUUUGUUAUUUGUUGGGAAUGUAGUGCUUACAUGUUGGGAAAGUAGUGCUUACCUGUUGUAAUUGUAUGGCAGCCUAUGUGCUAUUUUUGCUGGUCCGGCUAUGUGAUAUUGUCUUGUCGAUAUAAAAAUCAAUUUUAUAUAGAUGUUCUCACCAGACGUAUAGGAGACCAACGGGGAAUGCACUCAUUUUGUCAACUGCCAUUUUGCAGUAUAUUUUCCACUUUUUGAACAUGAAAUAAUUUAUGCUCCGUUUUAUAUCUUGUUUGAGAUUCUGCUGAACGUUGAUGGUGUACACACUUGGUGUAGAUGAUAACAUUCGCUACAUAUGGUGCUCAUGUAUAGUGUUGUUUUUGACGAGACUUAAGCAGCGGGGAUAUUCUCACCAAGAGUUAUUACAUGUGGUAAUAUUAUAGAUACAUUGUUAUGAAAGACAAAUGUUUCAUUUGUAUGAAAAUAAAACAUGAAAAAAUGCAAUGGAUGCGAAACACA